ACAUAGAUAUGUAGGUACACUGGUUAUUCAAAGAAGACAAAAUGGGGAAUUUGGCUGGUAUAUUUUGCCGACGUGAACAAGUGCGGAUUUUGAUGUUGGGUUUGGAUGCUGCCGGGAAAACCAGCAUUAUGUACUAUCUACAUCUCGGAGAAGUUGUCACCACCAUUCCUACCAUAGGAUUUAAUGUGGAGACAUUGAAAUUCAAGAAUCUGGACUUGACAGUAUGGGAUGUAGGAACUCGGGAUAAAAUGAGGCCACUCUGGAGGCAUUACUUCCAGAACACCCAGGCUCUGGUGUUUGUUGUGGACAGUGUCGAUAGAGAUAGAAUUACAGAGGUGAAAGAGGAACUCCAUAGACUUCUGUCUGAAGAUGAACUGAAGGGUGUUCCUAUUGCUCUUGCUCUGAAUAAGAGAGAUCUUCCCUACUGUAUGACGAAAGAAGAGAUACUGGAAAAAUUAAAUAUUAAGAAAAUCCGGAAAGAUCGGCCUUGUGAAGCUUUUCUGACGACAAUCAGACCAACUGACGAAGUGAAAACGGAGUUCAAUGAAUUAAUGGAAUGGGUUACCGAGGAAACAGCCAAACGACGAAAUGGACUUUCAUUAAUAAAUCCAAAAGUGGAUCGAUUUUCUACUUACAUGUGGCAACCGAUUAUGAAAAUGAAAAGCAUGAUGUUUGAUUGACAGUAUACAUUUUUAUUUCGUAAACAACUUUUGAUCAGUUUGUUGUCUUGAUGCAGA